CUCACCGGCGCUUAGCCAGUGAGCGUAAAGCUCGGGUGACGAGCACUCACUCAUUCCACGUCUCGACGUCGAUCUGAAGAGAAUCAUAACCGUCACUUUCCUUUUGUUUUUACUGCCAGUUUUUAAAUUAAAACUAUCUCAUAAUCAUCAGAACAGUAUGUAUUUGAUAUCCUCAUUACUGUGAGUCGCUUUAAGGGAUGAAAAAAGCGAGGAAGCGACUGUCGGCGAGCGGAUCUCAAGCGUCUGUCAGGAAACAUGAAGAACAGUUACCCUGGAAGAAGCAGAAGCUCCUGGACAUCCAUCAGGCCCUGAACAGUGACCCCGUGGACAUCGAGACCCUGCGGCGGGCGGCUGUGAGCGAAGGAGGUUUGCUGACGGAUGACAUCAGAAGAAAAGUUUGGCCCAAACUCCUCAGUAUCAAUGUGUACAAUCUGCCUGCCAAACCCUCCAAAGAUGACCGAGAAGACCACAAAGACUACAGACAGGUGGUUCUCGAUGUCAGGAGAUCAAUGCGACGCUUCCCGAAAGGCAUGCGUGUGGAUGAGAGAGAGGUUCUCCAGGAGCAGCUGAUCGACAUCAUUCUGGAUGUUUUGAGGAGAAAUCCUCAGCUGCACUAUUAUCAGGGAUAUCAUGACAUUGUGGUGACCUUCCUGCUGGUGGUGGGAGAGAAAAUGACCAUCGCAAUCAUGGAGAAACUGUCCAAUCAUCAUCUCAGGGAUUUCAUGGACCCCACCAUGGACAGCACAAAGCACGUCCUGAACUAUCUGAUGCCCAUUCUGGAGCGAGUGGACCAAGAGUUACAUGACUUCAUGAUCAGGUCUGAGGUGGGCACCAUCUUCGCCCUCAGCUGGCUGAUCACAUGGUACGGCUACGUCCUGUCAGAUUUCCGGCAUGUUCUGCGGCUCUAUGAUUUCUUCCUGGCGUCUCACCCACUCAUGGCCAUCUACUUCGCCGCUGUGAUUGUGUUGUACAGACAGAAGGAAGUGAAGAGCAGCGAGUGUGAUAUGGCCAGCGUUCAUCACCUGCUGUCUCAGAUGCCUCAGGAUCUGCCGUACGAGGAUCUGAUUGGUCGAGCUCAGAGGCUGUUCAUGAGCUGCCCCCCCUCUCUGCUGACCCAGUCUGCAGCGCUGCAGCCACGCAACAUAAGGAACCGAUUCCUCCGGCAUUCUGCGGGAACUGAAUUCGAGUCCCUCAGUGCUGAAAAAGCCAUCAGAGGAGAGAUCUGUCUUGUUUAAGAUCUCCCCAUGUCUGCUGUCGCCUAUGAAGAUUAAGAGCGAGAGAGAGACACAAAUGAGAAAAAGGAAGUGACAGAAUUGAGAAUGAGGGGCAGCGAGAGAGACGGAAAUGAGAGAGAGACCUGUACAAAGACAGAAAUGCUAUAGUGAGAGAGAAAGAGCAACAAUGAUAGACAGAAAGUGCAAGAAUGACUCUGUAUGCAAAUCAGGCGUGCAAUAAGGAAGCUCCGCCUCAAUGGGUUAUUAAAGCUCUGCCUUGAUUUGCAUAACCCCUCCCCCACCAGCAUCUGUGUCCUCACUGAAAGCAAAGAACAUACGUGUGUGUGUGUGUGUGUGUGUGUGUGUGUGUGUGAGUGAAAUGAGCAGCCUCUCUUGAGGCCGUGACCUGUGACCUUGAUCUCUAUUGUUCUGUUUGACCCUGUGGAGUGCCGUAAUGAGGAGUGACACGUACUCCCUAAUGGCUUUGACCCCCAAAUGUUCUUCAUUAAAACCCCCUACACACCCCUCAAGCUAACACCCUGCCCUCCGCGCGCAUCUGACUUCAUAAACGCAGCCACAUUAUAUUAUCACCGAUUCUGAUCUCAGCGUUUGGGGUUUGUUAGCGCUGCCUGUUGCCGUUUGAUUAGAUCUGGUGUGUUCAGGAAAGAAAAUACUAGAGGAGAAUUAACAAGCAUCCGUGUAUUCUGUUGGAUGCUGAGAGUUUGUAGACCGCCGGUGUUUGUUUGUAUGCAGAUUGUUUGCCGUAAUUGUUGCUUUGUGUCUCACAGUUGCAUCUGUGUUUUGUUAUUGCGACUAUGUAUCUCACAAUUCUGACUUUAUAUCUCCCAACUGCAUCUACUGUAUUUUUCAUAACUGCAGCUUUAUGUCUAAGUUACAAUUGAUCCUGCACAAAAAACCCGCCCCCUUCCUCACGCCACACAUCAUGUUCUCACAAAGUGAAAAAUACAUUGUGGAGCAAACACUGAUGACACAUUGACGGACGAGACAGAGCAGGUUACUUUUGGUAUGAAACAAGGUCUCAGCUUUCAAAUGUGUUUAUUUUUUAAAGAAAUUCAAACAACAAAUAGCUCUGUGUGGUUCUUUAAUGUGUUGUGACAGAUCUCUGUACCUCGGAGCUCCUCAGUUCAAGCAGCAUGUGAACCGAUCACGUCUUCCUCUUUACUUGUUAUGGCAUGAAAUAAACAUUAAUGAACAUCAGAAGGUAUCUUGAUUCACAAUGUGACUUUAUAUCUCCAAAUGUUUUGUAAUUCCAACUUUACAUAACCCUGUAUUCUUUCUUUAACCUUGUAUCUCAAAACUGUGCCUUAGUAUCUCACAGUUGUGUCUAUCUUUCUUAAUUGUGACUUUAUAUCUUACAGCUCUUUAGUUUAACUUUUUAUUUAUUGAUGCUAUUCAAUCGGAGAGAUACAAAAAAUUAAAAGCCACUAUAAUUAGUAACAAAUGAGUAAAAUGUAUAUCUUAAAAUUCUGACUUUAUAUCUUGCAUCUGCAUC